AUGGCAGAAUCAAAUGAGAAAGUAAAUAUUUCAAAAGAAAUUAAAGACAAUGAUAUAAAAUCUUCAAAACCUUCAGCCCCACCUGCUUCAUUAGUUCCAGUUCAACCUCAACCAUUAAGUUCAAAAGAUAAAACUACUAAAAGAUUAAUUGUUGUAUUGUCUCAAGCGUGUUUAGAGACUUAUAAAAUGAAUAGUGGUAAUCAAGGUGGUGGAGAUAGGUUUGCAUUGUUAAAUUGUGAUGAUCAUCAAGGUUUGCUUAGAAAAAUGGGUAGAGAUAUUGCUGAAGCUAGACCAGAUAUUACUCAUCAAUGUUUACUAACAUUAUUAGAUUCUCCAAUUAAUAAAGCUGGAAAAUUACAAGUUUAUAUACAAACUGCACGAGGUGUACUAAUUGAAGUAAAUCCAAGUGUUAGAAUUCCAAGAACUUUUAAAAGAUUUUCAGGUUUAAUGGUUCAAUUAUUACAUAAAUUAAGUAUAAGAUCAGAAAAUUCCAAAGAAGUUUUAUUAAAAGUCAUUAAAAAUCCAAUAACUGAUCAUUUACCAACUAAAUGUAGAAAAGUUACCUUAUCAUUUGAAGCAGAAAUUAAGAGAGUUCAAGAUUAUGUUGAUACAUUAGAUGAAGACGAAAGUAUAUGUGUAUUUGUUGGUGCUAUGGCUAGAGGUAAAGAUAAUUUUGCUGAUGAAUACGUUGAUGAAAAAAUUGGGCUUUCUGAUUAUCCGUUAUCUGCUUCUGUUGCUUGUUCAAAAUUUUGUCAUGGUUGUGAAGACGUUUGGGGUAUUUAUUAAUUUUAAGUUCUUGAUGAACUAUUGUACAUACAUGUAGUUAAUAAUAGGAGUAAUACUUUUUUUUAAGACUUGCUUGAUCUUGUAUUUAUUAUCAUAACAAAAAAUUAUGCACCAUUACUCUUUUUGGUAAUAACAUUAAAUUUUUUGCAGCCUUUUUUUGCAAAUGCUAAACAAUUUUUGCUUAGCUAUACAAUUACAUCUUGAUGUUAUGAGUAAAAUCAUUCAAUCUGCAUCUGUACGUGGCUUGACAACUACAUUAACCUUGGGUACUGCUGUUCUAGAAACACUUAACUUGACAAUUUUAUUAGAUUUGAAUUUCUCAAAUGAUUCAAUAAUACCAUUAACUCAAUAUCCACAACAAUUCUUUAUAAGACAAGAUAGAAAAGACAGGUUAAGAUUAAUAAAGGUAUUUAAUAAAGAUGCUGAUAUUGUCUACACUUUUGAAAGAUUAUCUCAAUAUGAUACCAUUUGGAGAAUGUUAAAAUAUCCAAGUAGACAAGAAAUUGCAACCAUUAAAAUUGGUCCACUUAAUCAAAAAGUCUCAUUCCAUUAUAAGUUAGAUGUUCAUGAUAAGAUCAUUUAUAAUGAAUGGAAUCUUAAUGGUAUAUUCAAAUCUUUUAAUGUAAAUGAAUCAAAAUUUAGCUGGUCAACUACUGAUAAAUAUUUAUUAAAAUUAAUUGAUUCAAAUAAUGGUGGAAAUGAAGAAAAGAAAGCUAGAGUUGGAAAAGUAAAAUUAAUGAGACAGUUCAAAUUUGAUUUCGAAAUGUUAAUUGAUGAUCAACAAAUUGAUCCUGAAAUUGCAUUAGCAACUGGUUUUUGUUCAAUGUUUACUCAAUGGGGUUUAGGUAAUUUUACAGAAACAAUAGGUCCUACAUUUGUACCUGAUCAAAAAUUAACUACUAUAAAAGAAGAAGAAGAAUGA